UCCCAGAAAACCAACCAGAAAAUUCGUUCUACCGAGAAAAAUAAAUCCCCAAUCAUUUUCCGUUAUCCUUCCGAUUACUACUCCACCAGCGAAAAUUCGGAAUCCAAUUCCUUUCCCAUUUCCCCUCCUCCCGAUUUCGUUUCCCAAUCCACCGCCGCAGCUGCCAACGAACUUCUCCCGAUCAUGGGUUUCCGCGCUCUUUUCCAGCGGAAGAAGUCCAAGAAAUCCGCCUCCUCCGACGACUCCCCCGCCGCGGUGGCCUCCUUCGCCGGAUCUCGCUCCCCGCCGCCGCCGAUGCUGAGGUGCUCGGUCGAGGAGCUGGAGCAAGUCUUCCGCAAGUUCGACGUCAACGGUGACGGCAAGAUAUCCGCCGCCGAGCUCGGCUCCAUCAUGUCCAGCCUCGGCCAGAACGCCAGCGAGGAGGAGCUCCAGAAAAUGAUCACCGAGUUCGACGCCGACGGCGAUGGGUUCAUCGAUUUCAAGGAGUUCGUGGAGCUGAAUACUCAGGGGGUCGGUUCCGAGGAGGCGAUGGUGAAUCUGAGGGACGCGUUCUCCGUCUACGACAUCGACGGCGACGGCUCGAUUACCGCGGAGGAGCUGCACAAGGUCAUGGGCAGCCUGGGCGAGGAUUGCUCCAUCGCCGAGUGCCGAAAGAUGAUCAGCGGCGUCGAUAAUGAUGGCGACGGGACGAUUGAUUUCGAAGAGUUUAAGAUGAUGAUGACGAUGGGAUCGAGAUGGGAUUCUACAGGAGAUCCGGGAGCUGUGAAGGCCUAGCUUUUUUUUCCCCCCGGGCGGCGGCAAAAACCUAGAUCUGUAGGUAUCCAAAAAAUUCUUCUUCAGUUUUGAUUUUCCAUGCCAUUUUCCCCCUUUUUUCCUUCUCUGUUUUCCUCCCCUUCAAUUGACGGGAGGAAUCACCAUAUAAAUGCUAUUGUGAAUAUCUCUCUGAUGCAAUACAUAACAGCCAUUGCAUUUCUCUCUGCAAAUCUGGAUCCUUUUCAUGGAAACUCCAUUGAUGGAAUUGACCAGAGCUCUGUUCCUCGUUAUUUGUUGAAUUAAAUUGGAAUCGAUUGACUACUUUCCCUAAGUAAUUGAACUUGCAUUGAUUCUGGGGAAAGCCAUUGCAGGCUAAGAUAGCUUGGAUGGAUAAUUUAUAUGCAGUGAUGAUUUUACAAUAGAAAGCAUAGAACUUC